GGUGCGCGCGUCCGUCGUCGUCGGGAGCGCGCACGAUGUGGUGCGGUUUCAUUGAGGGAUAAAGAUGGCGAUGUGCGCGAUGUUCUGCCGCUUUUCCUGCAACUUUCCAGUAGUUUUGCGCUCACUGCCUAGAAGCGUGGGGUCCCAGACACUAAGAAGGACGAGUAGCUCUAUUUCACGGACUUUCUGCACGACCCCCUGGCUUUCCCAAGCUCUCAGGUUUACAGACAAACACGAAUGGGUACGAGCAGACAGAGACGUUGGUACAGUUGGAAUCACUGCUUAUGCUCAGGAAGCUUUAGGUGAUGUGGUGUACUGUGGUCUGCCGGAGGUUGGAACAAAGCUACAACCAAUGGAGGAAUUUGGUGUGUUAGAAAGCGUGAAGGCCGCUAGUGAACUGUACUCGCCUCUGAGUGGAAAAGUCACCGAAAUCAACACAGAACUGACAGAAAACCCCGGACUCGUCAACUCGUCCUGCUAUGAGCGUGGGUGGUUGAUCAAGAUGACAAUAGAAAACCCUGGUGAACUGGAAGCCCUUAUGGAUGAAGCUGCCUAUGAGAAAUACAUUAAGUCACUGGAGUAGUUUAAUUGAAUUAUGUGUUAAAUCUACUUUGUGUAUUGAAUAUUAAGAAAUUGUAGUGCCAAAAGCCCAAUGCAAAUUUAAAUGUUAUGAUUAUAGAGUUUUAAUGUUUGGAAGAGAUCUGCGGUACAAGACCUGUAGAUACCUCUGAGCUACCUGUAGGCCAUUUUGGGUACUUUAAAAAAAAUUGGAACAUUGGCGCUUUAGCUGGAAUUAAAUAAGGAUGUAAAUUUACUUUUGAAUUUUACUUCAAUGAAAGGACACCAGUAAUGACACUAAAGUUUAUUGUGUAACCUGCUUCUCUAUAGUUUAAUAAAUGGGAUUUUGCUACUAGACAGCAGGUAUAAUCAGUAAAGUUUUUGAAAGACAUUUUGCAUUUGAGUUGUUGAGUUCAGGUGUUUCCCUGCAAUAGGUAUCAAUAGAGUUGAGAACAUGUAAUUGUGUUAUUUUCCUGUUCCAAUAUUUCAGCAUUUAUGACAGAUUAAUGCUGCAUCCUAUUUCGCCUCCUAUCUGUGCUAAAUGGUGUCCGAGAGAAUUAAUGGGUCUGUUAAUUAAUGUAGUGUGUUGAAAUGAGUAUUCUAAUGGUACCCAAGUCAAGUGGCUUUACUGUCGUUCCUAUUUCAACCAUAUGCAGUACAGAACGAGAGUGAGACGAAACAUUUCUCCAAAACCAAGGUGCUGCAUAAAAUAACAUAAAUUAAAAAAGUAAAUAACACAAAACUAACUAGAAAACAAACAGACUUUUACUUCUAAACAGUGCAUGUGUGCAAAGGUGUACAAACCUGGAUAAUCUGCUAGUGUAUUUCUGGUUGAUCUUCAAAGGAACUGGAUGUUUUUUUUUUUAUAAAUGUGUAAUUAAAAUAUGUAAAAAAAAAAAAAAAAAGCAAAGGAUAAUUCACGGUUAUGUGUGUGCUUUUAAAGCAUGACAAGGAGGUGAAGAGCUGCCUGACCGCACAGCAGAGCGCAUUAAAAUUAUAUAACUUGCA